CCGCGAGUACCUGAGCGAGAAGGCGCAGAGCCCCGACUUCGAGACGAUGGACAAGGGGGCGCUCUGCCGGGUCCUGCGCUCCUUCUACGCCGAGGCGCGCUCCAAGAGCGGGCAGCUCUACUCCAAGUCCUCCCUCAUCAGCAUCCGCAGCUCCCUCAACCGCUACCUCAACGAGCCGCCCUACUGCCGCACCCUCGACCUCACCAAGGACCCCGAGCUCCGUGCCGCCAACCUCACCCUGGCCGCCGUCAUCCGCAAGCUGGAGGAGCAAGGCGCCGGGCCGGUGGUGCAGAAGCAGGCCAUCACCCGCGCCGACCUCCGCAAGCUCUACACCUGCAGUGUCUUCAGCACCCAGAGCCCCUUCGGGCUCCUCAACAAGGUCUGGUUCGAGACCUGCAUGUACUUCUGCACCCGGGGCCGGGAGAACCAGCGGGAGCUGGAGGAGGACUCCUUUGGGCUGGCCGUGGACGAGGACGGACGCAAGUUCGUCUACUUCAAGGCAUUGGGGCCCUACCACAAGUCGCGCUCGUCCUCCUGGAGCAAGAAGCGGGCGGAGAGCAGUGACGAGGAGAACCUGCCCCGCAUGUAUGAGACUGGCACCGAGUUCUGCCCCUACGCCAGCUUCGUCAAGUACCUCUCCAAGCGCAACCCUCUCUGCAAGGCCUUCUUCCAGCGCCCGCGGGACCACUGCAGCGAGGGUGACAUCACCUGGUACGAGAACAAGGCCAUCGGCAAGAACCUCCUGGGCACCCGCAUGCAGAUGCUCUCCAAGGCGGCCAAGCUCUCCAAGACCUACACCAACCACUGCAUCGGCGCUGUCUCCAUCGCCACCCUCAACAGCAUCGCCGGCAUUGGCACCAAGCUGGGGGGGCCGCAGCCGCCGCACCACCACCCCCCUCCCCACCACCACCACCACCUCCUCCACCACCCCGCUGGCGGGGGCUGCUACACCCCUGCCGCCCUCAACGGCGGGCCGCGGCCCCGGCCGCCCGCUGCCAACCCCUAUGUGCUGCCCAAAGAUGGUGACGCCGCGCCGGUGAAGGCAGAAGUGGCCGCAGUGGCCCCGGCCAAGCGGGCCCUCUACGAGGCGGUGUUCCCAGCGGGGGCCGCGGCUGGCGGCGAUGCCUGCGGGCCCUCUGCCUCCCCCAAAAGACUCUGCCGCCGCCCCACUGAGCCCCUGGACACCGCCGCGCCCGCUGUGGUGGUGGUCUCAGUGAAACACGACCCCCUGCCUCACCUACUCCCCGAAGCCAAUGGGCACAGAAGCACCACCUCACCCACAGUAGUUUCACCUGCUAUUGUUUCCCCCACACAGGACAGUCGGCCCAAUAUGUCAAGACCUCUGAUCACUAGAUCCCCUGCAUCUCCAUUGAACAAUCAAGGCAUCCCCACUCCAGCACAGCUCACAAAAUCCAACGCGCCAGUUCACAUUGAUGUGGGUGGGCACAUGUAUACCAGCAGCUUGGCCACGCUUACAAAAUAUCCCGAUUCCAGGCCAUAUUUGAACAGUAAAAACUCUUUUCAUAUGAGGGGCGUUGCAGGUAGAGAGCUGUCACAAGCUGCGUGACACACGCGUGAAACAGGAGGAGUGAUUGAAGUCCCAGUGCAGCAACAUGUGGCUUGCCUUCGGCUCCCGCUGACACGGAGGGAGAUGGAGGGAUAAGCAGCAUCUCC